CUUGCUUUACGCGCAAUAAGAGUCAAGGCUCCAACGUUUGCAACCGUGUGUCUCUCUCCUGCGAUGGCUCCGAACGCGAGAUCUCGACCGCUUCUAUUCGCGCUCUCAGCUUCUUUCUUCUUCCUCAUUCUCUCCGUCGGAGCUGCUGUUUCAUCCGGGUCUGCUGAUGGUUUCACGAUCAAUGGCCGCGUUAGGAUCCCUGGAGCUGGUGUGAGGACAUUUGGUCUUAUGGGAAAGAUUUCAGAUGCUAAAGUUAUCCUUAAUGGUGGCAAGAAAAUUACUUUCCUCAGACCAGAUGGAUAUUUUUCAUUCCAUAACAUCUCGGCUGGGACACAUCUGAUUGAGGUGGCCUCCAUUGGAUAUUUCUUUUCACCGGUACGAGUUGAUGUCAGUGCUAGGAAUCCUGGCAAGGUACAGGCUGCCCUGACGGAGAAUAGGAGGAUCUUGAAUGAGUUGGUUUUAGAGCCGUUGAGAGAGGAACAGUACUAUGAGAUUAGAGAACCCUUCUCGUUAAUGUCCCUGGUGAAGAGCCCGAUGGGUCUGAUGGUUGGGUUCAUGCUGGUUGUCGUUUUCCUAAUGCCGAAAUUAGUUGAGAACAUGGAUCCUGAAGAAAUGAGGCGAGCACAAGAAGAGAUGAGGAAUCAGGGAGUUCCAUCUCUGUCAAACUUGUUGCCUGGAGCGGCAAGGAGCAACUAAAUAGUGCAGUCUGAUUACCAGGAAUCUAUCAUUCUCUUUGGAUGGCAUUUCAAAAUCAUCUACAGGAAUCACGUGGCCGAAAGUUUACUUGUCAAGAAGUUUUACUGAAUAGAGGAUCUAAAAGCAUUUCUGAAGCAUUUUCUCUUGAACCGCUUAGUGGAUGUUUGGUUCUUGGAGGUUACUUUAGGGAUGAAGUUGUUUAGCUUGAUGCUUGAGGCAUACUUUUGGGAGACUCACCAAACGUGUACCUUCUUCAUAUAGAUUUGUAGCUCUGCUGCGUUGUUCUAGUAGCCACAAAACAGGGGGUGAUAUACAGGAGUUGAGUCACUUCUAUGAA